GUGAAAACAUUUUUAAACAUUGAGUUGGUAUGUUGCACUUUGACACUUGUCUGGAAACGUCAAUUUGUAACCUUCAUUUCAUUUGUCAUAGUUCGCACUAAUGUAAAUCAACUCCGUAAAUUCACUGUUUCAACAAUCACCCUGUAAACAAUGUCCAAUUCUGAUGUAUAUAACGACCUAACAUUAUGGAUUUCUUCAGAGAACUUUUACUUGCAACCGAAAGUAGGUAACGAUGUGUUAAUUAUAGAUCGUAGUUCUGGAGCGAUAUCACUUCAACAAAACGAGGGCCAAAUUCCAACGCAGUCAUGUGGUUGCAAGGAUUUUUGUGGUUUACUGGGAACAAUCAACUUAAUUGCUGGUCGAUACCUGAUAGUUGCCACACAGAGGGAAAUGGUAGGGUACAUUGCCGGUCAUACAGUUUGGAGAUUGGUUAAAGCUGACUUAAUACCUUAUCACAAGAACACAGUGCAUCUGAAUGCUGAACAACUAGCUGACAAUAACGCAUAUGUAAGCAUGAUUGAGCAAGUUUUUAGCACUCCUUAUCAUUAUUUUAGUUAUACUUAUGAUCUUACACAUACGUUACAACGACUACAUGAUAUUGCACCAGAUUUUUGGCAACAGUCUCUUCUGGAAAGGGCAGAUCAGAGAUUCAUUUGGAAUGGGUAUUUGUUAAAAGAUUUUAAAAAUUUGGGAGCUAAGAAUUUCUGUCUACCCAUUUUACAUGGAUUCAUAUCCAUUAAUCAGUGUGUUUUGAACAAUGCUAAUUUAACCUGGACACUUAUCUCCAGGAGAAGUAUAUAUAGAGCUGGUACCAGAUUACAUCGCAGAGGUGUUGAUAAGGAUGGAAAUGUGGCUAAUUUUGUGGAAACAGAACAGAUAGUUGAAUAUCAGGGGGAUAGAGCCAGUUUUGUCCAAGUUCGUGGUUCAAUUCCACUAUUUUGGCACCAAAACCCUGAUUUGCGAUACAAACCUCCGCCAACACUACUUGAUAUUGAUCCCCAGGAGCAAAAUUCCGCAUGUCAGAAGCACAUAGAAGCUUUAACACUUCUUUAUGGAAGGCAAGUGAUGGUGGAUUUGGUUGAUCAGAAGGGAUCUGAAGGAAAGUUAGAAAAAGCGUUUAAGGAGACAGUACAAACUUUAGCAAAUCCAUCUGUCAGAUAUGAGCCCUUCGAUUUUCAUCAUGAGUGCAGGAAAAUGAGAUGGGAUCGUUUGUCCAUCCUUAUUGACAGAGUUGCUUUGGACCAAGAUGAAAUGGGAUACUUUUUAUUGUUAAGGGAUGGCUCCUUAUCUUUACUGCAGGACGGUGUAUUCAGAACUAAUUGUAUUGAUUGUUUGGAUAGGACGAAUGUGGUACAGAGCAUGUUGGCGCAUCGAAAUUUGGAAAAUGUUUUAAAGAAAUUGAAUGUUUUACAAAUAAACCAGUCUUUGGAAGACCAGGUCAGUUUUGAGAAUUUGUUUAAGAAUGUGUGGGCUGACAAUGCUGAUGUUAUAAGCACUCAAUAUUCAGGCACAGGAGCUUUGAAAACCGACUUUACUAGGACUGGUAAACGCACAAAAAUGGGCCUGCUCAGAGAUGGACUUAAUUCCAUGACGAGGUAUUACAAAAACAAUCUGGCAGACGGAUUUAGACAGGAUGGAAUUGAUUUAUUCCAAGGAAAUGCUGAAGCUAUUUAUCCAUGGAGGGUGGAUAGAGGUUGGAAAUACAUCACAUUCCCAUCUGUACUUUUAGUUGCAGUUGCCAUGUUUGUUGCGUCAGCUGUGUUACCUUCGGAGUAUUCCACAGAGAACUUACUGUAUUUGCUCUUCUGGGGUUCCAUGGUUUCUGCUUCUGGUUUUCACAUAUUAAAAUACGGUGUGGAAUUUGUUGACCGACCGAGACUUACUGAAUUAUAGUGAAUCUAGUCAUGCAUUGGUGGAUGGAUUAUGAAAUGGAAAAACCUAUGAAUUGUAUAAGAAAAACGAUUUUAUUCCAAUAUAUGUAAGAUAUAUUUAAUUUCUAUGUUUAUUAAUUCGUGCUAUUGCAGUUAUGAUGCCUAUAGAAAACUAAAUGUAAAUACGUAAGAUAACACUUUUACAGAACGCUAAUUGAAUUGCAUUUAGAGAAUUUUGUGUUGUAAUUAUAUAUUGUUAAUAAAAUGUUGUAGAUUUUUAA